AUGGUUGAUGCUUCAACCGUUGCCGUAGGAGCAGUCCUCCAACAGCAUAUCAAUAACUCGACACGAUCGUUGGCAUUCUUCUCCAAGAAGCUUUCACCUGCCGAGACGAGAUAUAGCACGUUUGGCCGUGAACUUCUUGCCAUUUACCUAGCCGUAAAACUUUUUCGACACUUCCUUGAGGGUCGUGACUUCACCAUUUUCACAGACCACAAACCACUUACAUUUGCCAUCCGAUCCCAUUCUGACAAAUAUAGCCCGAGAGAGAUUUCUCAUUUGGAUUACAUCUCGCAAUUCACCACCGACAUCCGCCGCAUUGAUGGCCCGAAGAAUGAGGUGGCUGAUAUGCUGUCCAGACCCUCACUGUCUUCCCUCCAACUCUCACACGGGAUCGAUCUUUGUGCCAUGGCGGCUGAGCAGCAGCGAGUCGGUUGUCCUGGCGACGAGUCUGUUAGUGGUCUUCAACUCAAAGACGUUCCUCUGACCACCGGCUCUGGUACCAUACUUUGUGACGUCUCAACUCCCUUUCAUCGCCCUUUUGUGCCCGCCUCGAUGCGCCGAGCUGUAUUUCAAACUCUACAUGAACUCUCCCACCCUGGGAUCCGAGCCUCUCAAAAGCUCCUCGCGGAAAGGUUUGUCUGGCCUGGCAUGAACAAGGACGUCAAAGCUUGGGCCCGGUCGUGUCUGAGCUGCCAGCGCAACAAGGUGCAGCGUCACAACAAGUCCCCACCAGGCACUUUCCCCAGUCCCGACGCACGGUUCAGCCAUGUGCACCUGGAUGUCGUAGGCCCCUUGCCUCCAUCCAAUGGUUUCACCUACCUCCUUACCUGUGUCGAUCGAUAUACUCGCUGGGCUGAAGCUAUUCCUUUGCCGAAUGUUCAGGCUGAAACCAUCGUGAAGGCCUUCGUCAGUCGUUGGGUCGCCAUGUUCGGUGCCCCAUCCACGGUUACGACUGAUCGUGGUGCCCAGUUUGAGUCGGCACUCUUCUAA